AUGUCUCUCGUAAAGUAUGGCCUGUACAACAACUUCUGCAACAUCGGCCGUUUCCCAGGCAUUAAACUGGAGUCUGACAGUUUCUGGAGCGGGUCUGGCUGUGUGCCGGUUUACAGUAACCCUUGCGUGAAACCUGUCGUCAAUCCUUGUGUGAAUCCCUGCGUGAAACCUGUCAUCAAUCCUUGCGUGAAGCCUGUAGUCAAUCCUUGCGUGAUUCCUUUUGUGAAUCCUUGUGUCAACCCAUGCAACAACCCUUGCACCAUCCCUUGCGACUAUGUGAAGCCACGCUGUGAUUAUGACUGCAAGGAAGUUGUCCUCAAGGACUGUGCGGAUGACUGCCAGGUCGUGCACACCUGCGAAGAUUUGGUUCUGCAGGUUCGUUGUGUAGACCAGAUGAAAUCCUGGAAGUGUCAGAAUCAUCAGGAGCAUCACACCAGUUGUUUCCGCAGUGAUCAUCUCAUUGUCCGUAGAGGACAGUGUUUCCAGAUGUGGAUUGAGCUUUCCCGGCCAUUCAAUCCAAAAUGUGACCAACUUCACCUGGAGCUGAGACUUGGUAAUGUUCCAUCAAUUUGCAAUGGCACUCUGGUGAUUGUGCCAUUAGUGGAUGAAUUCAAGAAAUGUCGUUGGGAGGCUAAGAUUGUCGAACGGGUACAAAACCGGAUCAAACUGUGUGUGUACUCCCUUCCAACUGCUUGUAUUGGACGAUACAGCCUCACCAUUGUGACUUGCGGCCCAAAGGGCAAGGCCACUUCAUCAUGCAACCCUUGCAAUGACAUUUACAUGCUGUUCAACCCCUGGUGUAAAG